CUUGUCUUUUCGGAGGAGCUCUGAGAGUUGGUGCUCCUGCAGCCAGGUGGCCGCACCGCACCGCACCGCACCGCGCAUUGAUCGGCCCCGCACACGCAGCGCCAGACGCACAUGGGCUCCGUCCUGCGCACCGGGGGAUCUCCAGCGACCGCAGCCGAGAGGAGGGCACUGCCAGCCGGCCUGCGAGCAGCGCUCAGCCCGCGCGGACUCUCCCACUGACACACACCCACUCCCACUCAGAGCGAGGAGGUGAUUUUUUUCUACGAGCUGCGCUUCGGCUGGAAAAGCAGAGCGAGUGGAGAAAACACGCGAACCCACGCGAACCCACUCCCCUCUUCUUCUUGAUUUCCUGUCAGUUUGUUUUAUUUGCUGCUGCCAGGAACCAGGAACCAGACCGGGGCUGAAGCGAGUGAAGCUCCGAGGAUGAAGCAGAACUAGAAGCUUUUUCUGGAUUUAUUCCGCUGUGGAGGAAAAGCGACCCGGUGCGCACAGAAACCCUCUCCUCCUCCUCUGCUCCUCCUCUCCCCGCUGUCUCUCCAUCUCUCGGUCUCCUCCUGUCUCUGUCCCUCCAUCCGUCUCUGCUGUUUGCAUGUUUGUAGGUGAUUUGGCUAAAAUGCAUCACCAGCAGCGGAUGGCAGCUUUGGGGACAGACAAGGAGCUGAGCGACCUGCUGGAUUUCAGCGCGAUGCCAAACAACGAUUUGAAAAUGUUCCCAACAUCCAUGAUGUUUUCCCCUCCUGUUAGCAGUGGAAAAAACGGACCCACCUCCCUGGGGAGCGGACAUUUCUCCGGCUCAAGUAUGGAGGACAGAGCAAACGCAGCAUCGUGGGCCGCUGGAAGUCGAUCCUCUAAGAGCUUCGCUGACGGAUCGCAGUUCAUGACGUCACACGACAGCCUCUCGCCGCCGUACUCAAACUCCAGGCUAACAGGUAAAUCGGAGAGGAGUUCGUACUCGUACAGCAGGGAGUCCAACCCACACUGCCAUCAGCAGCCGGUUCUGGGCGGUGAGCUGGGUCUGGGGAGCCCCAGCGCCGCGUCGCCCACCAAGCCCGCGGGUCAGUACUACCAGCACUACGGCGCCAACCCGCGGAGGAGAGCGCUGCCCAUGGAGCCCAUGGAGGUCCACACUAAAAAGGUGCGGAAGGUCCCUCCCGGCUUGCCGUCCUCGGUCUACGCUCCGUCUGCCAGCACAGCCGACUACAACAGGGACUCGCCCGGCUAUCCCUCCUCCAAACCUCCCAGCGCGGGCUUUCCCAGCUCCUUCUUCAUGCCAGCAGAUGGUCACCACAGCGGAGACCCCUGGAGCAGCAGCGGCAGCACUAUGAGCCAGCAGGGUUACCACAGCAGCAUGCUGGGGGGCGGGAACUCAGCACACGGCCCCGCCCAAGGCUCCUCCUACUGUGGGAUCCAUCCUCAUGACAGACUGAGCUACCCUUCACACUCAUCAGCAGACCUCAGUUCCAGCCUCCCCCCCAUGUCCAGCUUCCAUAGAGGGGGGGGCGGCGGAGGCGGAGCCAAUCACUACAGCACUGCCUCCUGUACCGCCGCGACCAACGGCACAGACAGCGUCAUGGCUAACCGAGCGCAGAGCGGCGCCGCCAGCAGCUCCCAAACAGGAGACGCCUUAGGGAAAGCACUCGCCUCGAUCUACUCUCCAGAUCACACCAACAACAGCUUCUCCUCCAACCCCUCCACCCCCGUGGGAUCACCGCCCUCGCUCACAGCUGCCAGUUCAGCCGUCUGGUCGAGGAACGGAGGACAGGGAGCAUCAUCGCCAAACUAUGAGGCUCCUCUGCAUUCGCUGCAAAGUCGCAUUGAGGACCGCCUGGAGCGUCUGGACGAUGCCAUCCACGUGCUGCGGAGCCACGCCGUAGGGCCGUCCACGGGGAUGACGGGCGGUCACGGCGACAUGCACGGUCUGAUCGGAGCCGCACACACGCACAACGGCGCCAUGGGUGGACUGGCGAGCGGCUACGGGACGGGACUGCUGUCCAACAGACACUCACUGAUGGUGGGCUCCCACAGAGAAGAUGGCGGCAGUUUGCGAGGAGGUCACUCCAUGGCGGGUCAGGUGUCGGUGCCUCAGCUGCCGGUUCAGUCGGCCACCUCGCCGGACCUCAGCCAGCCCGACCCCUACCGCGCUCUGUCUGGCGGUCUUCAGGGCCAGAGCGCGUCCUCAGUCAGCUCAGAGAUCAAGUCUGAGGACGAGGGAGACGAGAACCUCCUGCAGGACAGCAAACCCCUGGACUCCAAGAAGGAGGACUUGGACAAGGAGCUCAAGGCUAUAGAGAGGUCAAGAUCUAGCAACAACGACGACGAGGACCUGAGCCCCGAGCAGAAGAUGGAGAGGGAGCGAGAGCGGCGGAUGGCCAACAACGCUCGGGAGCGGCUGCGCGUCCGCGACAUCAACGAGGCGUUCAAGGAACUGGGCAGGAUGGUGCAGCUGCAUCUGAAGAGCGACAAGCCGCAGACCAAGUUACUGAUCCUGCACCAGGCGGUCGCCGUCAUCCUCAGCCUGGAGCAGCAAGUCCGAGAGAGGAACCUGAACCCCAAGGCAGCCUGCCUGAAGCGCCGCGAAGAGGAGAAGGUCACAUCAGAUGGGACCCCCCUCUCGCUGGCUGCCGCCCACCACGCCGCCGCCAUGGGCGAUGGACCAAACCCCAUGGGACAAAUGUAAACCGCAGCAAACUCUCCUCCCCCCUGAAUGGUCCAAGGUGCCGGAGUUCAUCAGGAUGAUGAGUGACCAGUUCCUCUGACGGCGUUUUCCACCCAAACCCGCCAAUCAAUCACAGUCGCUGUCACUCCAGCCCGACCAAGUAGUUCCUGUGGAAGUCAGAACCGCCGUCGCCUCCGACUCUCCUCAUCGCCAUCGUCGUCCUCUUCCUCUCCUCCUUCGGUCCAGAAAACGUGGAACUCAGAGUCGCAUUUUGUGGCUUUUUGGUGUCUUUUUAUCUUCAGCUGAAGCGAACUGGAUGUUUCUGAUGGGAGACGUUGGACCGGCUGCUGCAGACUGCAGCGGACUCGCUUCUCUGGAAACGCUUCAUGUUUUAUCAGCAUUCCCAACACAAAAGGUUCUAUAUGGAUAAAUAUAGUAAAUUUACAUAUAUAUUAUAUGUGUUUAAGAAAAGAAAAAAUGUAUAAAAAGUUGGAUUUGACGCAGGCAGCGAGGACGGUUGGGGUUAAGGAGGUCAGAACGGAGCAAAACAUAUCACACGCUGCGUUUAAAUGCAGCGACCGAACGCAGAGAUCGAAUGCCUUCAAACGCCGUCUUUGAACGCAGCGACUGAACGCAGAGUUUGAACGCAGCAUUUGAUCGCAGCGAGCAAACACAGCGACUGAAUGCAAUGUUUAAACGCAGUGAUCAAAAGCAGCGGUUGAACGCAGAGCUAGUUCGCAGCUUUUAAACGCAGCGAUUGAACGCGGUGUUUGAUUGCAGUUUUAUCACAGCAGUCGAAACCAACAAUCGAACGCAGCGUUUAAACACAGAGCUAGUUCGUAGCUUUUAAAAGGAGCGAAUGAAGGCUGCGAUCGAACGCAGUCUUUGAACGCAGCGGUUGAUUGCAGCGUUUAAACCCAGCAAUCAAAUGCAGCUUUUGAGCACAGCGACUAAACGCAGAGUUUGAACGCAGCGUUUGAUCGCAGCGAGCAAACACAGCGACUGAAUGCAAUGUUUAAACGCAGUGAUCAAAAGCAGCGGUUGAACGCAGAGCUAGUUCGCAGCUUUUAAACGCAGCGAUUGAACGCGGUGUUUGAUUGCAGUUUGAUCACAGCGGUCGAAACCAACAAUCGAACGCAGCGUUUAAACACAGAGCUAGUUCGUAGCUUUUAAAAGGAGCGAAUGAAGGCUGCGAUCGAACGCAGUCUUUGAACGCAGCGUUUGAUCGCAGCGAGCAAACACAGCGACUAAACGCAGCGUUUGAUCGCAGCGGUUGAACACAGUUUUAUCGCAGCGAUCGAAAGCAGCGGUUGAACACAGCUAGUUCGCAGCUUUUAAAUGCAGCGAUUAAACGCGGCCUUUGAACGCAGAGUUUGUUUGCAGCUUUAAAAAGCAGCGAAUGAACGCAAUGUUUGAUCGCAGC